AUGCAAAGCGGAAGUGUUUUAAAAAAACCUAAAGAUGCUAAUACUUUGUUUAAAAAAUUUUCUACAUUCAAUGAAGAAGAAAAGGAACAAAAUUUUAUGAGAUUUUUAGGUGAUUUUUACAUUUAUGAAAACAAAGAAAUUCCUAUGGAAAAUGUUACUGAUGAGGAUUUGGAAAAGGCUUACGAUAAAGUUACUUUUGAAAGAGGAAAAGCAUACACAAGAAUUUUGAUGAUGGGUCAAUUAAUAGAUGAUAGAAAAUUGAGAGAACUUUUGCUUUCAAAUGAGGAAAAUAAAAAUAUGAAUGAAAUAAUUUAUCAGAAAAUAAUAAGUUUGAGGAAAAUAAUUGAAAAUUUAGAAAAUGUUACAUCUUCAGAAUAUCCUGAUCUCUGUAAAUACAUUAUAACUAAUUUAAAAUACAAAUUGUAUGAUUUCUGUCACACUAAGUUUAAUAUUUGUGACGAGAUAACAGAACUUAUUGAUAAUUAUCCUUCUGAAAAUAGAAUUGAAAGUCACAAGAUUGAUUUACUUCCUAAAAGUGAAAAAACUGCAAUUUAUAUUGACAUGAAUAAAAAGUUUCAUUCAAUUGUAUCAAAGUUUCGUUUUAACUAUUUCCAAAAACCAGAAAAUUUCCCAGGAUGGACUGAAAUAGAGAAAUCUAUUAAACAUAAAGAUGAAGGGGAAUUGUCAGAUGUUGAAGAAGAUGAAGAAGAGGAAGAUGAGGAAGAUGAUUUUUAUAAUGAUGAAAAAGUCUUUCUUAAUGUUGAAUCAACAGAAAAUUUAAUAGAAAGCAAAGUUGAAGGAACAAACAAUACAUAUGAAUUGAUUUAUAUUAAUGAAAAUAGUACUGAAUUGGAACAGAGUUUACAAUCAACAAUUGCUGAAACUACUACAGAAACUUCUAAAUCACUUAAAAGAUCUUUAGUAGAUGAUAAUAAAGAAAUAGAAAUUAUAGGUUAUGGAAAAUCUGCUAAGUAUGACAAUAAUUGUGACUCUACUCAAAAUGAAAUUGAAUGUAUUUCUCUUUCUUCAGAUGAUGAAUAA